AGGUAUAUUAUAACGCUCCUAUAAUAUAAAAAUUUAGAACAGGUAUUUAGGUGCAAACUGAAAUAAAGACUUAUUUUUUCAAACUAAUCAUUUUUCAGAUUACGACACAGUAAAAUGGCUGAAGAGACGAAAAAUAAUCAGAUAAGCAAAUCGAGGGAAGCGAACUGGCCAGCUGUACUUUUCUUCAUCCACGUCCAUCUGCUGUCGGGUUACGGCCUUUGGCUUCUAUUCUAUGAAGUAAAAUGGAUGACUUUAAUAUUUCUGGUAGUAUUGACGUUGAUAGCGGUGUUGGGAGUCACUGCGGGGGCGCAUCGUUUGUGGGCGCACCGCUCUUACCAAGCCAGUACAGGACUACGAAUCACUCUCAUGAUCUUCCAGACACUGGCUGGUCAGGGCUCGAUUUACGAUUGGGUCCGACACCAUCGACUCCAUCAUGCACAUUUCGGAACAGACGGUGAUCCUUAUGACUACAACAGGGGAUUCCUUUAUUCGCAUGUGCUCACGCGCCUCCGCCGGCUCAGUCCUUACCAAUCGCAACUUAUUAGUGAAAUCGACAUGUCUGAUUUGGAAAACGACCCUGUUAUCAUGGUGCAAGAUAAAUUGUAUUGGGUGUUAUAUUCGAUUAUUUUCCUGCUUCUACCACUAAAUGCGCCGCUUGAGUACUGGGACGAUACAAUUCUCAGUUCGGUGUUCGUAAUUGGCUUUCUUCGGUACGGCCUGGUGUUGCACGCAUCCUGGCUUGUUGAAAGUGGUAUCUGCGUUUGGGGUUUAAAGCCUGGAGAAAAAUGUCCACCUGACUCGAACUGGGUUUUCGUGCUGUCAAAGUCGUUUUGGCCUCAUUACCAUUAUUUAAUCCCGUACGACUAUAAAUCUGGAGAAUACGGAUCAUACGAUUCGGGAUGUACAUCAGCAUUCAUUCGUGUGUUCGCUGCAUUGGGCCUUGCUACUGAACUGAAAACUGUAGAUACUGUCACCGUGCAAAAGGCUCUUGCUGACUCCGCCCGAUCUAAACUCCCCGUUCAGACGUGCUUGGAGGAAGCUGUAUCAAAACAAAUUCUACACAAAGAACAUUACUUGUGUAGAGGGUGAAACAAUUGUGGCAUAUUUUAAUAAAUAAAUAUUGUUUGGACAUUGAACUUUGAUUUAUAUCAAAAAUUUUUUUAGAC